AUGGCUCCUACAAGAAAAGAGCACUCUAACGAAUUUCGAGAAACCAUUGUAAAACAUUUUCUGAAUGGGGAUUCUGAACAUGACAUAGCUACAAAAAUGUUGUGCUCAAGAAAUACGAUUCAUUCCAUAAUUGUGAAAUACAAAAAAACCAAAUGCAUCGGAAAUAUUUUGGGUCGUGGGCGAAAACGAAAAACAACAAUACGUGUUGACAAAGCUAUUCAACGCAAAAUUAAAGUGGAUCGGCGAAACUCGGCACCAACUGUACGACAAGAAAUUGAGCAAGAACUUGGUGUAUUAAUAUCCAAUCAAACAGUCCGUCGUCGUCUUCAUGAAAUUGGAUUUUAUGGCCGUGUUGCAAGGAAAAAACCAUAUGUGAACAAGGCAAACCGACUUAAACGUUUAAAAUAUGUCAAAAUGCAUGAAGACAAGGACAUGGAAUUCUGGAAAACUGUUUUAUGGUCCGACGAAUCAAAAUUCAAUUUGUUUGGCAGUGAUGGAAAGGUAAUGGUAUGGCGGUCACCGAAAGAAGAGUUUAAUCCAGCAUGUACAGUGCUAACAGUAAAACAUGGAGGAGGAAAUCAAAUGGUGUUCCAACAGGACAAUGAUCCGAAACAUACAUCUCAUGUUGUGAACAAUUGGUUCCGUAAAAAAGGCAUUGAACGGUUGUUCUGGCCACCAUUUUCACCGGAUGUGAAUCCGAUUGAACAUCUUUGGGAUGAACUUGAACGUCGUAUGAAAAAACAUCAACCAAAGAACCAAGAUCAACUACGACAAACACUUCAGGCAGAGUGGGAAGGAAUUGGAUUGGAUGUUACCAAGAAACUGGUUGAAUCAGUUCCAAGUCGUUUGUACGAGUGUUAUCGUAUGAAAGGAUAUCCAACCAAAUAUUGA